AUCAGUAACAACAAGACAAAUUAACCACCUCUUCAUUUAGCUCAACAACACUCACUAAACACUAAUAAUUGCAAUCAGGAAUCAAGAUAACUUCACUACCAAAUCCGAGUUCAAAUCACUGUUCUUUCUCACAUUCACACCAAAUUUCAUGAAUCUGUAAGUUCAAAAUCAAUUCAAUGUUGGUCCAACAAGAUAACCCCAAACCCCAAAACCCCAAAUCACCAAAAUUUCACCCAAAUCGAUUCUCCCCAUCAAAAUCACUCGAUUUCUCCACAUGGGUAUCCCAAAAUCUUUACAAAAUCAUCACAAUUUCCAUCUUGAUCACCACCGUCGCCGCCGUGUUCUUCCUCCGCACCACCGGCGACUCCGCCGCAUUCCUCUGCUUCCGAUCACAAACAACAACCCCACAAACCCUAACCCUAAAAUACCCCCAAAUUGAUUAUGAUUCAAUUGCACCCAUUGUUGACAACACUACCCCUUAUUCAAGAUUCAGAUCAGACAACUGGGUUAUUGUUUCUGUGUCUGAUUAUCCGUCGAAUUCGGUUAAAAAGUUGUUAAAGAUUAAAGGGUGGCAGGUUCUUGCAGUUGGGAACUCAAAGACUCCUGAUGAUUGGAGUCUUAAAGGUACAAUCUUUUUGUCUCUUGAAGAUCAAGCUAAGUUAGGGUUUAGGGUUGUUGAUUACUUGCCUUAUGAUUCAUAUGUUAGGAAGAAUGUUGGGUAUUUGUUUGCUAUUCAACAUGGUGCCAAAAAGAUAUUUGAUUUUGAUGAUAGGGGAGAGUUGAUUGAUGAUAAUAUUAGCAAACAUUUUGAUAUAGAAUUAGGUGAAAAGGGUAGGAAAGAUGUUGUGUUGCAGUAUAAUCGUGAUAACCCGAAUCGCACGGUUGUGAACCCGUAUAUUCAUUUCGGUCAACGGUCUGUUUGGCCUAGGGGUUUGCCGUUGGAGAAUGUGGGGGAGAUUGAGCAUGAGGAGCACUACAAUGAGGUGUUUAGUGGGAAUCAGUUUAUUCAACAAGGGAUUUCUAAUGGUUUGCCGGAUGUGGAUUCGGUGUUUUACUUUACUAGAAAACAAAAUCGUGAACCGUUUGAUAUUAAAUUCGAUCAACACGCGCCGAAAGUUGCGUUACCCGAAGGAGUAAUGGUGCCCGUGAAUUCUUUUAAUACUAUGUUUCAUUAUUCGUCGUUUUGGGGGUUAAUGUUACCGGUUUCGGUUAGUUCGAUGGCGUCUGACGUAAUUAGGGGUUACUGGGCGCAACGGCUGUUAUGGGAAAUCGGUGGUUAUGUUGUUGUUUAUCCUCCAACGGUUCAUAGAUACGAUUCGGUUGAAUCGUACCCGUUUGCGGAAGAGAAAGAUCUCCAUGUAAACGUGGGCAAUUUGGUACAUUUCUUGGUUUCUUGGAAAUCAAGUAAGCGUAGGUUAUUCGAAAAAGUUCUUGAGUUGAGUUACUCAAUGGCUAAAGAAGGUUUUUGGAGUGAAAAAGACGUGAAAUUUACAGCUGCAUGGAUUCAAGAUUUGAUUUCCGUUGGUUAUUUACAACCACGUUUAAUUUCAGUCGAAUCGCGCAGGCGAAAAAGUGUUAUUAAUCAUGGAGAACGUAAGGAUUUUGUACCUCAAAAAUUACCAUCUGUUUUUCUUGGUAUUGAGGAAAAAAAUACGGUAAAUUAUGAAAUCGGGAAUUUGGUUCGGUGGAGAAAGAAUUUUGGGAAUAUUGUUCUUAUCAUGUUUUGUAAUGGACCCAUUGAGCGAACGGCUUUGGAAUGGAGAUUGCUUUAUGGAAGGAUAUUUAAAUCUGUAAUUAUCUUGGCGGAAAAUAAGAAUCUUGAUCUUGUUGUUGAAGAAGGUCACUUUGAUCAUCUAUACAAGCAGCUUCCAAGGUUGUUUAACAGAUUUGAAAACGCAGAAGGGUUUUUGUUUUUACAGGAUAAUACAAUAUUAAAUUAUUGGAACCUGGUCCAAGCCGAUAAGACUAAGCUUUGGAUAACCGACAAGGUAUCAAGAUCUUGGAGUACUGUUCCAUACGACGGCAAUAAAGAUUGGUACGGAAAACAAGCAGAAAUGGUCAAAAAAGUCGUAAAGUCAAUGCCAGCUCAUUUACAGGUCAACUACAAAGAUCAUACAAAUAACCAUGAUUCAUCCCUCACAAUCUGCACUUCAGAUGUGUUCUAUAUCCCUCAAAGGCUCGUGGUUGACUUUAUCGACUUGGUGAACCUUGUAGAAGAUCUCGAAAUCCACCAGAAAGUUGCUAUUCCCAUGUUCUUUUUAGCUAUGGAUUCCCCUCAGAAUUUCGAUUCGGUUUUUAGCAAAAUGGUUUAUAAACGAAAACCUCCUUUGAAUAUUACCACGAGUUUUUAUUCUCCUGAAGUAAGCGCGGUUCACCCGUUGCGUGUUUCGAAUGAGCAAGAGUUUAUAGAGCUUAUUAGAGUAAUGGCAGCAGGUGAUCCUCUGUUACUGGAUUUGGUUUGAAAGGUAGGAUUGCCUCAGAUGUUGUAAUGUUUGCUUCAUUUGUUGUACCAUUCUUUUUAUAGGUGGUUGUGAUUCCUUUUUUAUAGAAUUUUUCUGGGUAAAAUCUGUAAUCUCUAGUUUAUAGUGAAAUCCAUAAAUGGUCCCUUGAAUAUUGUUAACA